UAAUUAUAUGAUUUUGCAUUGUUGUGUUGUUAUUAUUUUUUAAGUAAAUCAUAUUUUGACCAUUACAUCUUAUAUGAAGCACUACCACAAAAUUGUGUACAAGGGUCCGAUGACUAAAAACGUACAGCAUACGGAAGUAAGUAGUGUUUGUAAAAUGAUUGGUCAACUUUAAUUAUUCAAAUUUAAUUAAUAAGCUUUUAAUAAAACCAUUUGAGAGCAAUUAAUGUUUUGUAAAAUAUAUUCUAAUAUCAUUUUCAGGAGUCUGUCUCACAUCAGGUUGUGUCAUGGCAGGUCAGUAAAAUCAGAACCAAAAAAAUAUAAUAUUUAAUGUCCUGUAACACCUUGAAUAAACACCCGACCUAUUAUAUCGGUAGUGAUACCAAAUUCUGGAAUAUUCAAUCCCUUGAAGAUAACUGUAACGUUUACAGAUUAAACAGAAAUGAAUAAAGCAACCACAAGCCUACUUAUUAUAGCGAACCAACUGAAAAAAGGUUAUGGUCAUUUAUAAAUUUUGAAUAAAUGUUAUCAAUAGUGCAUUGUCAUUUGUUUACUUGCAAAUCAAAUCUUUCUUGCUUUUUAAAUGAAGAUAAUAUAGUGAUAUUACAUAAUUAUAUGCGGUGAUUUCAAUGAUACAUGCUCCAUUUCAGAUAGUUUGACUCCAGGUUUUUGUGAUCUGGAGGAUAACAAUGUUGUUAAUCAAACAUUGUAUAAGCACGGUGAGGUGAUUAGUUCUGCAAAUUAAAGUUGCCACGUUAUGAGUUAUCACAAAUAGCGCAGUUACUACAUUUCUGAAACAAACACUAUGAGCUUCAAGAGAUGCACUUUGCACAGGAAAAGUUAAAGAAGAAUUUGUUUGUACGUUAAGAUAUGUUAGUAAAAGAGCAAGUGUGAACAAAAUAUAAUAUGUUUAGAAUAUCUACCAAGAACACUUUUUAUUUGCAUGAACUAUUGUUGUCAACGCUCCAAAAAAAACCUCUCAGACAUAUUCAAGUUUUAUACACAUUCAAGUUUAUGCAAAUGCUUUAAACUGAACCACAUUUCAAUAGUUACAAAAAAAAAAAAUGAACAAAAUGUGUUCACAUAUUUAACGUUCAAAUUAAAAUACAAAUGUUACCUUUGAAAUUUGUUCGGUGCCUGGCAAGAGUGACAUUGUCAUUGUUUAUCUUAAUGAGUUCAUUAUACAUUACGCUUUUGUCCAUGCUAAAAACAAGCAAGUGAUCCAGAAAUGCAAUGGAUAUUAAAUUUUAUAGUUAGUUAUGGGUUCCGACAAGGUUGCACUUUUUUCAGUAUGCAUUUUUUACACAAACCUUUAAGUUAAGUAUUGUAUAUAAUGCGUAUGAAGUAUUGUUUAUAAUGCGUAUGGAUCACUUUAGUUUGUUUAACUUCUCAAUGCAUUUUAUAUAACAAUUCUUUGAAAGAAAAUUAUGAUGUAUUAAAAUAAAAAAUAUAUAUGAUCAAACUUCAGAGUAUACCAAAUGUAAUUAGUUUACUGAUUGUAAAUAAUUUUGUAGUUUGUUUUAGCAUUAAAUAAAGAAAUUUAUAACAUCAAGAUGAAAAUAGUACAUAAUAAAAUCUUGCAAUGUAAAUGAUGUAAGACAAAACAUGAAUUAUUUUGACUUACUUAUUUUAGUAUAUACAUCGUUGUAUCUGUUUUAACAGUGUUUGAUUGUUUACUUUAUUUGCUAAAAAUACCAAAUGGAAUUGUAACGUAGUAGUAAUUAUCCUUUGAAAAGAUUUUUAUAAUUAAGAACUUUUUGUUAAAAUAUAUUGUCUUUUAAAUUUUGAAGAAUUUGUAUUAGGAAAGCCAAAAUAGUAUGCAAAAAUUGAUUCUAGCUGCACGAAUGAUGAAUGCUAUGGACACAAGCAUAAACCCCUGCGAUGAUUUUUACCAAUUUGCUUGCGGCCAAUGGAUAAAGAGGAAUGUAAUUCCAGAGGACAAAAGUUCUUUUGGGAUAUUUACAAAGUUGAUAGAGGAUACAUCUGUAAUCGUUAAGUCUGUGCUGGAGGAGCCAAACAUUUCUAGUGACCCUGAGGCCAUCAUAAAAGCAAGGGAUUACUAUAAAGCAUGCAUGAAUGAAGGAAAAAUAGAGGAGCAUGGAUUAGGGUUUAUGCAGCAAUACCUUGCAGAUCUCGGGGGUUGGCCGUUACUUGGUUCUAAUGCCGGUGGAAAAUGGAUCUCGAGCCUAUAUAACCUUGAAGAUUUGCUGGUUCGCGUAAGAAAAGAAUCAAAUUAUAUACCAAUAGUUGAUAUUGGUGUUAUUACGGACGACAAAACUCCAACGAAACAUGUCCUGUAUCUUGAUCAGCCAGACUUAGGAAUGCCAGAUCGAGAUUAUUACUUAAAGGGCAGAGACGAUAGAACUUUGAUGGCUUACCAGGCGAUGAUCAGGGAUAUUGGGAUUGCAUUCGGUGCUGAUCCCGACACAGCUUCAACUGAUGCGAGGUUUAUUGUUGACAUGGAAGUACAGCUUGCAAAUGUACGAUUAUCUUCAGAGUCAUAAACUGACGAUAUGUAUAUAUUUUUUAAAUCCUUAGGGAGAUAGGUGACUCUACUGGAUUUUUAC